UUAUGGCCUCCGUCGUAGUCGAAAAAAAACCAUCGAUGGUACCGGCUGUACUGGAACUUAACCAUCGAUAUUAUCAAUAGUGCCAUCGAUGGUUUGAUACCAAAUACCUAGCCACGACAAUACGAGCCCAGUAAAUGUGCUUUAUCCAGGAAAUCCACUCCUCAUCAGCGGACGCUGCGCCACAGCCAGAGUUCCGGGAUUAAAGGGCGGCGCAGCAGGCUUUGCUAAUCCGUACUCGGGAUUGGGAAAAGUAAAAGGCAUCCAAGCAUAUAAACCAAAAUCAGUAAAGCUCCAUACAUAUACCCUUUCAAGCCGAUGCCCAGGAUUUGUCUGCUUCUAAGAUACCCAGUUAAAGCGCCGGAUAAUGGCCGAACGCGUCUUGUGCCAGGAUAUGGCGACGCCAGGCGGCAAUCACUAUCGUCGCCCCAAAUCGGGAACGGGGAGUCCCAAUAUGGUAUACGCCAACGGGGGAGGAUCCUGGCGAGCAGCUCCAAGGCAACAGCAAAGGCAGCAGCAGCAGCUGCAGCAUCAUCAUCAUCAUCAUCACCACCAGAAACCAACCCCUCAUCAAUCAUACAACAGUCCAGGAGCUGGGGGAAAAGGCGGCCUGGUCAAGCAGGAAGAGCAGCCGUUGCCGGAUCCCACAGGAGCUGAACUAUUGGGUUUGCCGGCCACCCCGCGAACCAUUAAACAGGCGCGCAACAAAAGCGAAGAAGCCAUCAAUGAUCUCCUUGUGCGAAUACCGUACAUUGGCCAGCUGUUCGAUGUGCACAGCCGGAUUGGUAAUGGAACCUUUAGCACGGUUCUACUGGGCACACUGCGGCGGGAAUCGCAUCUGCCGGACAGUCUGCGUCGCAAGUUUGCCAUCAAACAUCAUAUACCCACCAGUCAUCCGGAUAGGAUAAUGAAGGAGCUGCAGUGCAUGACCAAAAUGGGGGGGACGGAGAAUGUGGUGGGCAUCCACUGCUGCCUGCGAUGCGACGCCUCCGCCGCUUUUGUGAUGCCCUACAUGGCUCAUGACCGAUUCCAUGACUUUUACACGCGGAUGGACGUGUCUGAGAUUCGAUUAUAUAUGCGCAAUCUACUGGUGGCCCUGCGACAUGUGCAUAAGUUCGAUGUCAUCCAUCGCGACGUGAAGCCGAGUAACUUUCUCUAUAAUCGUCGCCGUCGUGAGUUUCUCCUGGUGGACUUUGGCCUGGCCCAGCAUGUAAAUCCUCCGGUUAUGGGUUCUUCUGGGACCGUCGCCUCCUCCGCUGCCAACAACAACAACAACAACAACAACAGCAAGCGACCACGUGAGCGGGAAACAACGGAGGCACUGCAGCAAAGUACACCAGCGGAUGCAGGUUUGGGUGGCGCUGUUAAGCGUAUGCGUUUGCACGAGGAAUCCUCCAAGAUGCCCCUGAAACCGGUAAACGAUAUUGCCCAAAGCGAAUUGCAGCAGCCAGCAGUAGAUGGCUCCAAUCUUGUCCAGCAACAGCCGGUGCAGCAGCAGCAGCAUCAGCAGGCACAAGCGCAAAUGGAUCAAGCAGCAUCUACCGCUUCCGGGAGCAAGUACAAUACGAAUCGAAAUGCCUCGGGAGCGGCGGCCAACAGUGCAAAAUGCUUCUGCUUCGCCAAUCCCUCGGUUUGCCUCAACUGUCUGAUGAAGAAAGAGGUGCACGCCUCCAGGGCAGGAACACCUGGCUAUCGACCGCCUGAGGUAUUGCUUAAAUAUCCGGAUCAGACCACCGCCGUGGAUGUUUGGGCGGCAGGUGUGAUUUUCCUUUCGAUCAUGUCAUCGGUGUAUCCGUUUUUUAAGGCCCCCAAUGAUUUCAUUGCCCUGGCCGAGAUUGUCACCAUAUUCGGGGAUCAGGCCAUAAGGAAAACGGCUUUGGCCUUGGAGCGCAUGAUUACAUUGAGUCAGAGGUCCAGGCCACUUAACCUUCGCAAGUUGUGCCUGCGUUUUCGCCAUCGAUCCGUUUUCGCUGAUGCCAAGCUCCUGAAGAGCCAUGAAUCUGUGGAUGGAAAGUGCGAGGUGUGCCGGAACUGUGAUCAGUACUUCUUCAACUGCCUCUGCGAGGAUAGCGAGUACUUGACGGAGCCCCUGGAUGCCUACGAAUGUUUUCCGGCCAGCGCCUAUGAUUUGCUGCAUCGCCUGCUAGAGAUUAAUCCACACAAGCGCAUCACCGCCGAUGAGGCACUGCAGCAUCCGUUUUUCACGGCCGCCGAAGAGGCAGAACAGCCGGCAACGGAUCAGGAUCAGGUGGCAAAUGGAACACCACGCAAGGUGCGACGGCAAAGGUAUCACAAUCACAAGACGGUGCCCGCCACUCCAGAGCAGCUGAAGCAACAGGUGGCCCUCGACCUGCAGCAAUCGGCCAUCAACAAACUGUGAAACUAGUCCUCAUACAUUACUCAUACACCACCCAGUCUCGUCAUUUGUAUAUAAAAUAUAACCGAAUCACAUAUCACACGAUUGUAUAUAGAUAAUAACACACAUCCGAGCACAUCUCAUAUGCACCCAAAAAACUCGUCCAGUGUACAGUGUCCAAGUGCCCAGCUCGGCCGCAUCUACUUACCUCAAGCUGCAGGAAGAAAACCAAAUGAAGCACUCAAUCCACAUAUAUUUAUAGAAAACGUUUUAAAUCAUGAACAAUAGGCAAAAAUACCAAAAAGAAAAAAAACAAGAGAAGAGAAUGAUUAUGAUUAUGAAUUAUGGCCGCAAGGCUUGAAAAAAUUGUAAAGUUAAGAUCCGCAAAGGCAACCCAAGUGCAUGGCCACCGACCAGUGGCAGAAAUUCUGCACUAUCCAUCAAGUUGAAUAGUUCGAAUAGUCUUAGCUAACCUAAGUAUAAUGUAUUGUAUAUCAGAAAACCAUGUGAAAGGAGAUAUAUAAAGAAGCAAAAAUAUAUUUAUACCAUGAAGUA